AUGUCUGACUUCGAUGAAGAAGAAAUCCAGUUUGAGUACGAGAGCGACGGCGACCAGUACGGGGAAGACGUCGAAGAUGAGGAAGCGAUUCUUAUCGAAAAUUCCUUCUACGAGGCGCAAGAUGUGCAGCACCGAAACCCCAGAGCCGCCCUGAAACUCUACGAGGCCGUCGUGGAGAAGGAGGAGGCGCGCGGGACGGAGAUCACCUGGCGCUUCCGCGCGCUUCUCAACGUCGUGCUCAUUCACGCACAGCUGCGCGAGAUGGAGAGCGCGGCCGCGGCGUACCGGCGCCUCCUUCCGCUGAUGCGCCAGGUGACGCGGAACGAAACAGCGGAGGCGAUCAACGCCGUCCUGGAGGCGCUAAGCGUGGAGGCGUCGCCCUGGCGCGCGACGCCCGCUUCCGCCGCGGCAUGCGGCGACGCUGGAGGUGCAGUUGCGCGAAACGCGGGCGCGGAGGGUGGCGAAGCGCCUAGCGCGCCGGCGGAGGCGUCGCCUCUAGCCAACGUCGAGGCGAUCUUCAAGCUCACGCUUGAGGCGUUGCAAGAAAACCACCUCAAGCGCCUUUGGUUCCGGACGUGUAGCCGCAUGAUCAAGCUGUUCCUGCACCAAGGCGAGUUCGCUAAGGCUGCGACGCUUCUUCGGGACGUGCGGCGCGAGGCGCGUCUGCCGCCGCUGGACGCGUCAGACCGCCUGCCGCGCGAAGCGGACGCGUCGGGCGCGUCGGGCGCGUCGGGCGAGGGCUGCGAGGAUCUGCCGGCGGGGCAGCUUCUCGAGUUCUACGCGCUGGAGAGCGCCGUCUGCGUGCAUGAGCAGAAUUUCCCGCGGCUCUGCCGGCUGGCGCAGGAGGCCGAGCGGUUCCUGAGUGAAGGCAUCGCCGACCCCAAGCACGUCGCGGCGAUCCGCGAAGUGCAUGCGAAGAUUCACAUGGCCUUCCGCGAGUGGCGCGGAGCUCUUAUCGCCUUCUCCGAGGCCUUUCGAAACUUCCAAGAAGCAGGACAAGCCACGAAAGCGAAGAAGAUGCUGCAGCUGCUUGUCCUCGCAAGUCUCCUCUCCUCUUCAGAUAUCAACCCUCUCGACACCAGAGAGGCGAAGGCCUUGCAGGCGGACGCUGGCAUUGCGGCGAUGCACGAACUGAGGAAGGCAUUUGAUGCCAACGACGUAGCGGCUGCCCACCGCCUGCUCACUGACCCAGAGUACGGGCUCGCGACAGAUCCCUACAUCUCCCUGUUCACCGAUGACCUCCUGAGCAACAUUCGAGUGCGGGCACUGCCCUCCAUCGUCGCCUCCUACGCGGAGAUGCCGCUGCAGACACUCCAAGAGGAACUACGCGCAGACUGUGCGCGAGAGGUUCGCAGCGCGGUGGCGCGGGCGCUCGCGGAGAGCCGCAUUGCCGGCGAGAUCGACGACGUUCGGCAAGUCCUUUUCCUGCGGCCGCGCCAACCGCCGAGCGCUUCCGCUGCCUCGCCGCGCGUGACCGCCGACCCGGGGGGGCAGGAGGCGGACGCGCACCAGUCCGCAGUCCGCUCGCAGGAAGAAGAAGGCAAGCGAGAAGGAGAAGCUCUCCAGGCGUGGGUUUCGGCCGUUUCGAGUCUCGCAGAGAAAUUUAACCAGCUGCCCUACCGCUAG